AUGUUGCGCAACGUCCAGAGUACCAAGAGGUACUCCCAUUCCUAUAUAUCUCAAUUACUAACAAUCGACAUUCAGGCAGGCUAUUACCCCGAGUUUGCAGUUAACAACACCUACGGUAUCAAAGCCGUCAACGACACGGUCUACAACUACAUGAAAUUCGCCAAUACGAUGCCCAACGGCUGUCAAGACCAGGUUGCUCUGUGCAAGCAGACGAACCGAACUUCCUUGGGCGAUCACGCCCUCUGCACCGAAGCCACCAACAUGUGUAGAGAUAACGUCGAGGGUCCUUAUUACAAUAUCGGAAAGCGCGGUGUAUAUGACAUUCGACACCCAAUCGAUGACCCCACCCCACCCCCCUACUACAACCAAUACCUAGAAAAAGACUCCGUGCUCAACGCCAUCGGCGUAAACCUCAACUACACGCAAUCCAACGACGACGUCUACUACGCCUUCCAACAGACCGGCGACCACGUCUGGCCCAACUUCAUCGAAGACCUCGAAGAGAUCCUCCAGCUGCCCGUCCGCGUAUCCCUCAUCUACGGCGACGCCGACUACAUCUGCAACUGGUUCGGCGGCGAAGCCGUCUCCCUAGCCGUGAACUACACGCAUACGCGCCAGUUCCGGGCCGCGGGGUACGCGCCCCUGACGGUGGACGGCGUGCAGUAUGGCGAGACGCGCGAGUUCGGCAAUUUCUCCUUCACCAGGGUCUAUGAGGCUGGUCAUGAGGUGCCGUAUUAUCAGCCCGUCGCGUCCCUGCAGUUGUUUAAUCGGACGCUGUUCGGGUGGGAUAUCGCGGAGGGUACGACCCAGAUUUGGCCGGGGUAUAGCUCUAAUGGAACCGCGAGGACCACACAUACCGAGUCCUAUGUGCCCUUGCCCUCGGCUACUCCUAGCCCUAGCGUUCACUGA